AUGGAGUCAUAUUCUAGUGACUUAGUCUUCAAUAACGUUUUUGUUGUUGAUAAUACUAACCGUCGAAACAUGCAUAAACGUAACCGUUUUUGCAACUUAUGUGGUCAAUCAUGCUCUCACCUUUCACUGAGUGCAUGGGAGAAAGCUAAAACGUACUUCUCCAGAUUUUACAAAUUUAGACAAAUGGACUUUGAAUAUGCCUCGUGGCAAAUGGUCAACAUUUUUGUGUCACCUCAAAAGCUGUACAGGAAUUUCAGUUAUCACCAGUGUACUCGAAACCAGUGGGCGCGUGAUGAUCCUGCUUUCAUUAUCCUCCUUUUUCCGUGGAUAUUUGUAUCUACGUCAAUUUACUCCUCAAUCCUUGGUCAUACCUUUUGGGGUUGGCUAAAACUACUCUUAUGGUCCGUGUUUGUUGAAUGCAUCUUAUCAGGUUUGGUGGUUGCAACAUGCAUGUGGAUAAUCGCUAAUCACUGGAUGAUCCAGACCGUAAACGUUGGAGGAGUCACACUGAGACGAAAUCUUUCAGGUGCCUCAUCAGACGAUGACUCGGUUGGCUCCGAAAGUUCGCAUCUUCACCCAUCUGAUGUUGAGUGGGCCUACACUUUUGAUAUCCACCUGAACGCACUCUUCCCCUGCAUAAUCAUUUUACGUCUCAUACAGCCUAUGUUAUUUUAUUGUGAGUCUUACUUCAAGGUUUCUGUUAACUUUGUGUCUUUCGGUUGUGCUCUUAUUCUCUUCAGUGAAGCUACUUUGCCAUUCCUGAAACACACAAGAGCCAUUCUCUUAGCGGGAACAUUCUUCGUCAUUUUCUUUGUUAUUUCUGUGGCUCUACGAUGGAACUUCACGGUUGCGAAAUAUUGGACAUACGUAAAGGAACUGCUUCCGCGUUUGACAUAUCUUGAUGGUAUUCCGACUCAAGGAACUCCAAAUUCAAACAUCCAUAACCCUGCGUUGAAUGGAUUUAGCUUCGAUGAAGAAUGGAAUUACAUAAACCAUGUGAUUGAUGAAUUGUCAAUUCAACCAUUUAAAACGAAGCAAAGCAAUGUGGUUGGUCGAGGGAGUGUAGCAGGAAGACCAUCAGAACCUUAUUCCUCAAAAUCAAAUCAGUUGUCAUUACGGAAGUUGAUGUCCUCUAUUCAUCUUAGCCCAGACGAAAAGCGGAAACGUUCUACCAUUGGAGAUGAUGGUAUCAUCAGAGAAGGAAUAGUAAUCCCGUCCGACGCUGACGACUGCCCUAGAUGGGGUUACAAAAUUGACCUCACUUCUCUACAUCUCUAUAAAGCCGAUUCCCACCCCUCUAUUAAGUCAACUAAGUUGGGCCUGACUUGUGGGUCAGUAAUAUGUGGAGACAUAGCCAACGCACUUCGUCAACGUCGAAAUUCUGCUUCAGUCCCAGUCCUGCAAACCACACCCAAUAUUGCAGAUAGCAUAGGCGGUCAGCAAGAUCCACAUGGACGACGAGAACGAGCAAAAUUUAUCAACGAAAACGAAAUUUGUGGUCAAGAAGGUCAGGCGGUGGAUGGCGAAUUGGACCUCGCCAUAAUUGAGGAGUUGCGAAAUGAUUGCAAGAAGGUAUUAGAUGACUUAGAUGAAUGGCGGGGGAGCUACAUAGGGUAUUUUCGAUCUCCGUUGCCCGAAGGGACAGGACGGCCAUCAACUGUGACGCAUCCUCCGAUUAAGAUUUCUACUGAGGUGGGCAACGUCCCAAAUCCAAAACGAAAGGCGGCACCCAACCAUUCUCGCAAGUUAAUAUGUCGACGACCGUGGCCCGUGGCAGACGCCGACACGAAGCCUACCACAGCGACAUAA